AUGCAGCUCAAGCGCAACAUCUUCUGCGUCGCAUUUCUUGCGGUCAUUCUCCUUGCUUCUCCCGCCCUGUCGGCUCCCCGCCACGGCGAUGGCAAUGAUAACGACGGUAACGGCACUAACGACCAGAAUCGCGGCGGCGAUCAUGGUGGGGACGAUGGUAACGACCAUGACCGCUUUUCGGCGGCGUCGAGCGCUGUUUCUUCGAUUCCGGCGGGCAGGUCUCUAGUGUCCAGUGCACCUAUCAUCACGACCGCACCGACCGCAAUCACCAGUACUGAUCCUGACGGUGACCGCGGCAACGACACCGACCCGGGCCGUGUAUCUGCUGCCUCGUCGGCCGCACCCGCUAUCACGGCUGCACCGGCGGCUUCGGUUGCUCCCGCCAGCGUCAUGCCUGCUGCGACGAGUAUCGACAAUGACGGAGAUGGUGAUCGCGGAAUGGACACCGAUGGCGAUGCGUCUUCCACAGUCGCAGCAGCUACUUCUCUUGCUUCUGCAUCGCCGAUUAUCACAAGCGCACCGUCUGCGGCAACGGGCAACAGCACGAGUACCGACGGCGACAAGAACAAGGGCGGCGACGAUGGAACCGGCACCGACAGUGACGGCGAUAACGAUAACAGCGGUAACGACAGCGACAACGACGGCGAUGAUCACAACAGUGCGGCGAGUCAAAACGCAUCCCCUUCUCCAACGGCGGCCACAGUUAUUGCCGGUAGCACGGCAGUCUCGGGAUCGACGUUGGCGAGCGGCGCCAUUUAUGCUCAAGUACAGAUGACGUCUAUGCUCUCGGUCGGUGCUGCAAUGGCGGCUUUCUACUUCACGAUCUGA